UCUGUAGCUUUUUUAUAAACGUUUUUUUCUCUCUUCCCAACUUGAUAUACCACUGCUAGCAUUUGGUUGAGUGACAAGCUCCACGACAUCGAAGCAAUGGAAGACCUUGAAACUAGUAGACUAAUCAUGGCAUGUUGAGUCUAGUUUAUUCAUAUCUUCUCUUUUGCAAGAGCUACGUCACUUCUUUAACGAUAUCGUCCGACAAAUCUGGAAAGACCACAAAACUAGUGUAUAUAAUUACUAUUAUUAUAUUCUCGUUGUACUAGCCAUAACAUGUAAAAUUGCAUGAUAUUCUCGGUGUUUCUAGCUUGUCAUUGAUGUAGCUUUAAUUGUCUCUUUGACCUGUGACAUUGUUAUUUGAAUUCAUCGAUCCAUGACACAUUGCGCGCUUAUUAGUUAUCAAAGUAUAAAGUAACGGUGAUAUCRCAUAGUAUAUUAAGAACGUGCUUAAUCUAGCUAAGACUAUAGUUAGGCUGUAUAUUGAAAUUGACGGAAAGUUUCUUAAGGGAUACUGAAUUUGCCAGUCAGUGUUCAAGCAAUGGCUGUUUGGGGCAAAGCUUACAAAUUGGUUGUGACUUCAAAAGCCAAACAAAUCGAGUUUGGAAGCUUUGAAGAUGUUGAUCCCGAGCUUUGUGUUCAGUUGCUCCGAGUCCCUUCUUUGAAAAACUUUUCUUGUCUUCAUCAUAAACUCAAGAAUUGUAAAUCAGAAUGGCUGAAAGAGUUCGUAAACCUAGGAGGACUGACUAUUCUACUCGACAGCCUGGAUACCAUGGAUAGAAGGGAAACCUUGUCUUUCAUGGAUGCUUUCACCGAGCUAGAAUGUGUACGAUGUGUUAAAGAAGUGAUGAACUCCGAAACUGGUCUCAUGGCCAUGAUGGAAAGCCAGGGAUUCGUAUGCUCGCUUGCUCGAGCUUUGGACACGAGCAAUACAAUGAUCAAAAAGCAAGUGUUUGAACUGUUAUCAGCCCUUUGUCUAUACUCCCAUCAAGGAUACCAGUUGGCUAUAGACGCCUUGGAGAACUACAAGGUCUUGGACUUCUUGAUAUACUAAGCCGCUUGAGACAUAUAGAUGAUGAAGAUCUUUCUGUUCAACUUGACGUUUUUGAAGAUCAAAGACUUGACGACGACGAUGAGCAAGUGACACCAGAAGGAGUUGAUUUAACGAGCCAUAUUGAUGUUUUCCAUGCCGUUUUUAAACGGGUAAGCAGCAAACCACAGGCAGUGAAUCUGUUGAGUGUUCUGCAGAAUCUAUUGAUGAUUGAUGAGGAGUCACCGGUUUCCGAUGUCGUAUGGGAUACCGUUGAAAAGCUUGUGCGACGUGCCGUUCAUAUCGAGGAUGAAAUUCAAGCUGAACAAUUACUUCGUACAAGCGAAAAAGGCAUUGCAAAUGUGAAACCUCCCAAAAGUCAAAAUGAAAUUGCUCCUGAAAAUCAAUCAAAAGUACAUUUCCAAGAAAAGGAAAAUAAACUUGCAAACAACACAGAAUCGAAAUCUGCAAAUUGUCUGGAUAACCCAGUUCUGGAUCAGGAACAAAUUCAUGUUGAAGUAAUAGAAAAUGUUGAAUCUGGUGUAUCACUAGAAACCGAUGAAAAAUCAUCACUGGAUACCAAUUCAGUAAGUGAAGGUCACAAAGAAAGUUCUCUUUCGUGCACUUCCUCGCAGACUCCAUCUGUUAUCUCUGAUGAUUUCCCCCACCCCACAAAAGCACCGCCACCUCCGCCACCGCUUCCUGGUAUUCCUGGUGCUCCACCUCCUCCACCAAUUCCUGGUAUUCCUGGUGCUCCGCCUCCGCCACCGCUUCCUGGUAUUCCUGGUGCUCCGCCUCCACCACCUUUUCCUGGAAUUCUUGGUGGACCACCAUUACCACCACCUCCUCCUGGGAUUCCUGGUGCUCCGCCUCCACCACCGAUUCCUGGAAUUCCUGGUGUUCCACCUCCGCCACCGCCUCCUGGUAUUCCUGGAAUGCCACCACCUCCACCUCUUCCUGGAAUGGCUGGCGUUCCCCCUCCUCCUGGCAUACCUGRUGUUCCUACCCCGCCACCAAUUCAUGGCAUUGGAAAUCCACCACCACCUCCUCCACCGCCAGGAAUGGGCGGCCCGCCUCCCCCACCACCACCAACUGGUGGUGUAACAGCCACAGACGGAAGAUGCCAAAGAUCACAAAGUUGUCCAGUCGUACCCAGAUAUCGACCAGGAUCUAAAAUGAGAACUCUAGCUUGGCAGAAACUACCAGCGCAUAUCGUACAACGGCAACGCCAAUGUGUUUGGACUCGAGUUAUGUCUCUAGACGAGAUUCAUCCUGAUUUUAAAAUGGAGGAAGAAUUGUUUUGUCAGAAAAAGGUGGCCCCGAAAAAAGAAGACAAGAAAAAAGCUCCCAAAGAGAUAUCUUUGUUGGAUCCUAAACGAAGUCUAAACUUGAACAUUUUCUUGAAGCAAUUUAAAAAGUCUAAUUCGGAAAUUAUAGACUUGAUAAGACAAGGUGAUGUUGCCAAAAUUGAACCAGAUGUCUUGAAAAGCUUUAUUAAGCUCUUGCCUGACAAUUCAGAGGAAGAGCUUCUGAAGUCGUUUAGUGGAGACAAGACCAAACUGGGAACUGCUGAAAAAUUCUUGAUGGAGCUAAUUUCGGUAGAAAGUUAUCAGCUGCGGUUGGAGGCAAUGCUACAAAAGGCAGAAUUAAAAAUCAAUCUCUCAUCCUUGAAGCCAAAUAUAGAGUGCCUGAAAUGUUCCAUUGGAGAGAUCCUAGAAAGUAAAAUCUUACCAGAGGUGCUGCAACUCAUCCUAAUUAUUGGAAACUUCAUGAAUUCGGGUGGCUACGCGGGAAACGCAAUUGCAUUCAAGAUCAGUUCUCUCGUUAAGCUUGUUGACACAAGAGCCAACAAACCCAGGAUGAAUCUCAUGCAUUUUCUGGUUAAUGUAGCAGAAUCUAAGCGAGAAGAUGUCCUUGAGUUCCCGGAUCAUAUGAAGCACUUGGAUCAAGCAGUCAGAUUGUCUCUGGAACACCUAACUUCUGAAGUAAGCACGAUUAGAAAAAAUGUGACAUCCCUGGACACUGCUCUGGAAAAUGCGCCGAGUGAUAUCAGGGAACAGUUCGGAGAAUUUGUCAAGGACGCAUUGUUGGAAGUACAAGGUCUUGAAUCCGGUAUCGAAGAAAUCAACGAUCUAACCAAAAACGUUGCUGAUUAUUUUUGUGAAGACGAAAAGAAACUCAAACUGCAAGAAGUCCUUAACCUCUUUAAAACGUUUUGUGAUCAGCUCAACCAAGCUAAAAAGGAAAAUGAGCAAUUUCGAAUCCAAGAAAAGAAGCGCCUGGAAAGAGAGCGAAGAAAAGCAGAGGAAGAAGCGAAGAGAGCAGCAAAUCCCCAUAAAAUCAAAGGCAAAGUCAAGCAAAUGGAACCAGACGAUGGUGGGUGUAUAGUAGAUAAACUACUGAACGAGAUUCGUCAUGGAUUCCCUCUCAAGAAGACUGGCAGCAGCCCGUCGGUCAAAUCUCCAAGACGGAAAUCACAACAGCAUUUCUUUAAAGAAAGCAGAGAAAGCAGCUCUGAAGAUUCACUCGAAUACAAGACUGUUGCCGAAGAAAGCAAAACAACCAAGCCCACUUUAGCGCAGAAAAACACUGUAGCUGUUGACAAUUUUACUGAAGAAAAACUUAGGCGCUCAAGGAUUCCGGAUGUUAUUACAGAAGAAGAGGAGGAGAUCGUGCAGGAAAUUCAGGAGGUUGUGUCUCAAACUGUACCUGAAAUCCAAGACGACAAACAAGACAAACAUCUGGUCAAAAGUACUAAUGUAGCAGUCCGAGUGAAAGGGCGAGAGGGCGAUGAGCUACGAAAACCAGAUACAGACAUUGCGAUGGGUCAAGAACAGCACAAAUCACAAAUCCUUGAUCAACAGGAAGCACACCUUGAAAACAAUUCAGCAGACAAAAAAACAAAUGUACCAUUCCUAAAGGUUUCAGAGGAACAGAAUAGUGAAACUACUGACAACGUAAAGGAGAUAACACUUAAGAAAAGACAAGAAGUAACUAUUAUACGUCACGAAACAGAUUCUCAGGAAGAAACGAGAAAGAGCCUGAGUACAACAGAAACGACGUCUGAAGCGUCUGAAGAUGAUGUCUUUGGAUUACAAGGCUUAGACGAGCUAGAAAACUUAGAGAUGGGAAGCGGGGAUGAGAUCUUUAGUGAUAGUGAUGCUGAAGAUGAAACAAUAACCUCUUUAAUUACUUCAUUACCUGAUGCCAGAGAGUCCCUUAAUGAAGAUGUUACAGAACCAAAUAUACAACCGGCAGAAAUUGAAAGUGGGGAUGUUGUCUUUAGUGAUAGUGAUGCUGAAGAUGAAACAAAAAUCGUUACUACAUCACCUGAUGCUAGAGAAGAUGUUACAGAACGAAAUCUACAUCCGGCAGAGAACAACACAAGCUUGUCUACAAAAGACGACCAAAUACAAAAUGAAACCGCGGAAUUAAAAGUUCCCUUCCGUCCCACCCGUUCUAAACAUAUAGAAUCUGGUGGCAAAGAUAUAACAGAAGGAGGUCAAAAAGCAGAAAGCAUUCCCGAUUUACGUUUGAAAACCGAAGAAAGACCAGUCAAGGAAGAGAUCAACAAUGUUGACAAGAAAAAACAACUAUUUGCAAAAGAGAAGGAUAAUGAGAAUAAGGAAAAUGAAACUUCAGAUCAGAUAUCUUCUUCAAAAAGCAAGCCUAGAAAUUUGAGCAAAAAAGAUGAAUUCGAAGCAAGCGGUAAUGAUACAUCCAGAUUACCUUUAUCAACCACUGCAAAAAUCAGCAAUGGCAAUGUGCAAAAACAAAAGCCAAUACCAUACAACCCGGAAUUAGUAAUGGAUACGGAUGAAGCGCUUCAUAGCAGUAAUGGGAGUUUACCGUGUUUAGUCAGGCAACCUGAAUUAGUGACGGCAAGAUGGGGCUAUCACAUUGAAGACCGGCCAACCACACCAACAGAAAUUGUUCUUGUGGAAGAAUUCAAUGCCGCUAAAAAACAAAAGGUGGAAAUCAUCAAUCCAGAGAUAUGGAGAGACGAGAAUGAUGGUCCACAGGUAGAGAACCAAGACGAACCGAAAAAAGUAAAAAGAAGCAAGUCAUUUGUUUCUCGAAAAUUGGCUCGUCUUUUUGGCGGGAAAAAGAAAACACUGGACGAAGACAGACAAAAACCAGCUGAAGAAAUAUCAUCUGAAGAUCGAAGAAGCAAAAAAACACAGGCAAUUCCUUCUAAAAAAAGAAGCUUUUUCCAUCGAGGAAAAGCUAAAAACUAGAACAGGAAAAGUAUAAAAAGUUGCUGAGAAUAGUAAAUCAUCUGCUAAAAAUAUGUAGUUUUCCAUACUCUAAUAAUAAAAUUCCAUUUUGGAUAUCAAUUUUGAAUACAAAAUAAUUACCCCAAUCAUAAAAAAAAAAAAAAAAAAAAAAAAAAAAAAAAAAAAAAAAAUCGUAAAUACAAUCAUACGAACCAAUUUCUAAUAAUUUGCUAUUUAAUUUAGACGUGAAACGUCCAAUUGAUGUUAUAUAAUAUAUUUAAUGGAAAAGGAAAUAUUGCAAAUAUUGCAAAAGUUUCACGAAUGUACUUGUAUGUGAUCCAUGCCGCUUCGUAUCGCUUGUCAUAUUCGUAUGGUAAAAUCGUUUGAUAUUACACCUGACAACAUUGUAGCUUUAAACAAGCUGUCAUUAGUCGUCAGAAAUAAUAAUAAUGAUUAAAAAAAACCGAAUAUUGAUAA